AUGUCUUGGAUGGGCCCUGGACCGGAGACGCGCAGUGACUGCGCAACACUCGGGGAACCCACAAUCUUCGAGCGGGCAGAAACGGAUAACCUUUACGAGGUCUUGAAACCCCUCAUCGUCCAACCAUGGAUCGGACUUAUUGAGGCUCAGAUGGUUGUCGAGGCGAACCAAGGAUCGGAGUCGAUCCUCCGAACUACGCCGAACUGUCAGAUCUAA